UCAAACAUGUUACCAACAUUUACAAUGCAAUCUUGGUGAUACUUUGUUAUGCAUCGGCUGGGAGAAUAUUUGUGAUGGAAUAAUACAAUGUAUUGAUGGAGUUGAUGAAGAGCAUUGCUGGCAACUCAAGAUUAAUCAAUGUACCGACAAUGAAUAUCAAUGCAGAAAUGGACAAUGCAUACCUAUGAUAUUUUAUGAAGAUAACAUAAAAGCUCCUGAUUGUCUUGAUGGUUCCGACGAACUUUUACCGGCCAGCACAGUCACUUAUGAUCCUGUUGGUCCACCAUUUAGAUAUAACGAACUUGCGUGUUUAGGUAGAGCCAUUUUUUAUAUAAGGCACCAUUUUGAAUCCUAUUGCUCUGACGUUUAUGCUAGCAUGAUUAAAAGCUUACUAUUUUGGAAAAAGCCUGAUUCGAUGUAUGAUAUCUGUUGGUUAGCACUUAUGUGCUAUUUUAAAGAUUUCAUAGAAGUCCAAGUAAGUUGUGCUGAUAUUUGUCAAUAUAAAGAAUGUCAAGAAAAAAUUGCAACGCACUGUCCAACUAUGUUUUAUAUGCCCAAUGCGUCUGUAGCAUUUGGUCAUAUCUAUUUUGCUUAUACAAAACAGUACAUUAUUAAACAAACAAAAGUAAUAGUUCAUCCUGAAUAUGUAUGCUACAAUGAACUAUUUUGUAAUGGAUUCGAUUCUAACAACACAACGAUUUUAUUUAAUAACAAAAGUCUCUCUACCGCAACACAUUUCAAAUGUACGAUAGGAAAAAAAAUUAUUUCCCAAAAAUUACGUGUAGCACAAACUAUUGACUGUCACUGUGGUUUCGAUGAAUAUGGUUUAUGCGAGGAUGCUUAUUACGAUUUGAAUUAUAUCAGAGAACAUAUAUCAUUUCCAAAAGUUUGUGAUGGUAUUGUCGAUUUGAAACCGAUACUUAUCGAUGGAAAAAACGAAACAGAUGAAACAGAAUGUUCACAAUCACAAUGGUUGUGUAAUAAUACAUAUACUCGAUGUAAUGGAAUUUGGAAUUGUUUGAACGGAGAAGAUGAAACUAAUUGUUAUCCAUCAUCACUAAUGAAUUGUCCACAACAUAAUCAUUUAUGUUUGUCAUCUGAUACAGGUAAAUAUAUGUGUCUUUCAUUAAACAGAACGAAUGAUGGUAAUAUCGAUUGUUUGGGUGCUACUGAUGAACGACAAAAUUGCCCACUUACCGCCUAUUCCAAAAGCAGAGACGACUAUUUCUGUAGGUUUGGAUUAAAAUCAGAAUGUACAAGUGCUUUUAUGGUCUGUUAUUCAGAAAGCCCAUGUUUACCGAGCGAAAAGAAAAAGCUUUGUGUUAAUCGAAGUUCUGAUAUGUUUUCCACUCAUGAUAAGUGUUACAAUCGCGAUAACUAUAUUUUGUCCGAUGUCGAUGUGUUCUUAUGUGAUCUUUUUCUGAGCCAUCUAGAAUCAAAAAUCAUAUAUUUUGCACUUGAAACAAUGAUCAAACCAAACAUGAAUAAAGACAAGCGUGACAUAACAAUGAUAGCGUCAGAUUAUCCAACAUCAGCAAGGACUCUGUCGCCUCCACUUCAGUGUCAUCGGGGUGUUUCUUUACGAGUCUGGCUAAAUAGUCAAAAUAAUGAAAGUAUUGUAACACGUCUUUGUUCACCAAAUUCUUAUGGUGAUAAAUGUCAAUAUCAAAAUCAACGGGUCAAUCUUAUCAUACAAUUUCAAUCAUAUUCUGAUUCAUGGCAAACACCAUUUCUUGUUAUUGUGACACUUAUCGAUAAUACUGAGAAACGGAUUAU